AUGGACGAAAUAGAUCAGGCUCAAGGUCCCACACAAUCAGAACAACCUACCAUGCAGACUAUAAUUGAUCUCACCGAAGAUAUCGAGGACCUAGCACCUUCUAUCUCUACCAUUCGAAGCCGUAGCAGACCAAAUAUACCAUCAAUAUUCAACCGAAGCGAGGCAGUGAGCAGGGCAGAUAUCGUUGAUCUCACUGGAGACAUUGAGCAUGAAGAAGAAGAGGACGAGAUAAUUUUUACUGGACAACGUCGAGUAGCCGUCCGUCCGGGCGCCACUCGAUUCGCUGCUCGGGCACAACCUAACAACACUCGGCGGCCGAGACGUUCAAGUUCCCCUUCUCUAUUCUUACCAGCUGGGCCUAUAUCAUCCACCGGAUAUCGAUCCUUCAGCUCGUCUCAUGGUGAUAAUGGUUUAGCUUUCGGGCUCGCAAGACUAGGUCAGAUGUUUUCUCCACACAUAAUGGAGCAUAUUCCCGCCUUUGUGCAUCUUGGUGCUAUCCGGCCUAUGGCAGGCCGUGUAGACCAUGGAAGAGGUAGUACCAUGGAACGAAGACCUGAACACAUUCCACCGCCAGCCGCUCGGGAUAAUUUUACACGGUCACCAACCCAGUCUGACACCAUCAUCUGUCCGAACUGUGAAAAAGAACUGAUACAUAACAAAGAAUCAAUUGUUCGCAAAACUGGCAAGGCACCUUCAAAGAAGGAUAGAGAAGAGCAUCCAUUUUGGGUAGUUAAAGAAUGUGGUCACGUUUACUGCAAUAACUGCUUCCAGAGUCGUCUUGAUAAAACUAGGAAAUCUGCCUUCACAGAAGAGGUCAAACCCACAAAUACUAAAUCAUCCACCAGAAAGGUACUCAUAUGUGCAGUUGAUGAUUGCAAGUGCGAUGUUAGAGGUAAAGAUAAAUGGGUCGGUGUUUUUAUGUGA